UCUACAUUAAAGAUUUCAAUUGAAAUUUGACCUGCAAAAUGACUUGUGAAAACAUUGUUUUGCAAUUAAAAAGUGACAUCGAAAUGGGCUCAGUAAAAAGAAAAAUUUCAGAUAAAAGCUACAUAUGUGACAUUUUAAAGGUGCUACAUGAUUCAUCAAUAGUGUGUCGUCAAAAGCAAGAGUUUUUGGUGUUGCUUGAAGAGCAAACUUCAUUUUGUCGUGGUAUUGAUAUAGAAGAAGUUUUGAGAUCACUGAAAGAAUGUUUGGAAAGCAACAAAGAUGUCUUAUUUUCAUGUCAGCUUCUUAGUACUAUGACAAGUUUGAUGAUACAGUUUGAAAUUCUUGCAACUGAUAUUUGUUCAUCCAUUGUAAAGAUAUUAACAAAAGCAGUUACUUCUGGUGUUGAUUCUUCAGAGAGCUGCUACUACAAAUCUUGCUGUUGUCAGUGCUUGUGCCAAAUAGAAGAAUGGAAACCAGGGACGCUUUGGUCAGACCGUGAAUAUAUUUUUAAAUCAUUUAGACAGGAAAAAAUGUAUAUACAUCAAGAUUAUGCUACAUUGGUGACCAAAAUAGUUGUAAAUGGUGUUUGUGGAUUCCAUCAGACAGAGGAAAAUGGUGAAAAUGGAUUUCUCAGACAACAAUCUACAGUAGAACCACAAGAAUUUAGACAAAUGGUCUCUAUUAUCAUGGAAAAUCCUGAACUUUAUACUCCCAGUGGGUUGUGGCAUGUGGUCACAUCUGUCAAGGAAAUUGUCCAGAAUAAUCAUAACAUUUCACCCACUAUAUUCAAACCAUUGAUGUUACAUCAUAUGUCAACCAUGGAUCCUGUUAUUCUUCAUUUGAUUAUUUUUAUUAUGGUAGAGUUUGAAAAUGAGAUACUAACAGAGAAAGAAGAAUCACAGAUCAUUGGCAGUUUAAUCAGAGGAUUAGAUCACCCAUCACUGGUUCCAGCUCAGAGAUUAUUUUUUGCUCAUUGGUUAAAACAAAUAUUACUGGAUUCAGAAAAAGACUAUGGAAUUAAGAAGUAUCAGUUGAAUUUCUAUCCUAGAGUAUUUGACCCAAUCGACUGUCAACUUAGUAAACUGUUGUUACUGAAUUCCUGCAUUCCACGAUUAAGUGAACUACCUAGUGAUAUGAAUGGUGCCCUGUUAUUGGCUAGUGUAGGAUAUUUACACAAAUUAGUGUGGCAUACAGGAAACCACAGAGCUGUUGUUGUUUUGUUUAGAGCAUUAUUUGGCAUGUAUCAGAGACAUUGUAGCAGGUCUUUUUCACAAGACAUCAACAGAUUUAUUAAAGGAUUAAUAUCAGGAUUUCCACAUUUCAUUCCACAUGCUUUAGAUUUCUUGGAAUGUUUGAGAGAGACAACUUCUGAUAGCUCAAUGUAUUUAGAAAUACUUAACCUACUACAUUCCCAAGUUACAUCAACAACAUCUGAGGAUUUAGCCAAAGAUUACCAAUAUUUUCUUCAGGUUAUGAGGAAAGUUUCACUACAGAAAGAGAUAUCACCACAUGCCACCAUUAAGUUUCUUAAUCAUCUGGUACAGAACGCUGCCAGUAUAGAUGGAAGUAGUUGGAUCCUUGGGAAUGGUAUACUGGCUGUAUGUCACAAUCUUCUGGUAUGUCAUGGAACAAAGCAGCUAUAUACAGACAUUGGUGAUAUUCUAUUUAAUAUGAUGAUGUCCUAUGAGGACAUGGAUAUACAAGACAGAGCUUUAUUUUACUACUCACUCCUCACAUCAGCAACAUCAAACAAGAUCCAAGAGUUCCUUAAGAAAACAUCAGGAACACAGAAUUUUAACCAGACUAUUUCCACAUUACUACCUGAAGAAAAAUCGGAUGACAAAAGCUGUAGUAAGAUUAUUGAAGUAUAUCCUCCGUUAUUAGAAUGGCACAGGAAUACUGUGACUACUUGUUUUGAGAAAGAAGAAAAGGAGUUUCAAGAUAUAGAAUCCUAUUAUCAAUGGCUGUCAUCAGCAGAUAUUUCCAUAAAAGUAUCAUAUAAAAUACAAAUGUCUAAAUGUGAAAAAGAGAAAGUUCAAGCUAUUUCAGUAAAUAUUGAGAGUGAUAAUAAUUUUGAAGCAGUAAAAAGUAUACAGUUAGCUGAAAUAAAGUCAAAAGAUAGCUUAGAUGUGUCAUUACUAAUGAAACCAAGGUUCCCUAUACCAACAGUAUUCAGAGCAUGGGUAGAAUUUACAGAUAACAUGUUGACAUAUAGAAAUGACUUAGAGGAAAUAAAUAUAUCCUUACUAGAUAUGAUGGUACCUCUGCCUAAGGGUGAUCAGUUGUCUUUGUUUGAUAAACUAUGGAUAUAUUUUACUAAUCCAGAGUCUAUUACUAGCAGACAAUGUGUUCAGUCUAUCAAAAUAGUUCAUAAAACAUGGCAGAAAUUUUUAGAAAGAAUGAACCAGUUUUGUUCAUCAUACAAAUUGACAGAAGAUGAAAACAAUAAAGCCUGCUAUGGAAUGUUAUUGGCAUCAGGUCACCAUUUAUUGUUGUUAUGCCAUGAGAAAGAAGAGCAGACGAAUGUUUCCAUAGCAACAGACUCUUAUCACAUGUUGCCUUUUGUUGAUAAAUUCCUAACUGACCUUUAAAAACGUACAUUGUCAGAAAUAUAUGUGCAAUAUGUAGAUGGUGCUUUAUUGUUAUUGUAUUCAAACAACUGACUGUGAUAAAAAGUAAUAAAAGAAAAUGUAAAAGAACUUGAAA